AACACAGUCGUGAAAGUGAAGUUUGGAAACUUUACAGCCACGAUCAGCCGUGAUUUCAAGAACGUGUUGACAUCGUAAAUUACGUUAUAGCCUAAAGUUGUGCAAUUUAACGUUACAUUUCUUGUAUGUUUCAUAUAAUUUUCUAAAUAAUUGAAUCGUCGAAAAAUUCCUGUUCACUUAUCAAUAAAGUUUAUCGCGCUUUAAAAAGUAAUCGAAUAAGAAACGAGGCUGAAAUCGUAUGCUAUGGGUUAGUAUCGUUCACGGUGGAUUUCAUCGCGAUUUAUUGUUCUGGUAUCGGAAAUUUAAACGUGUUCCACGAAUAUUUGUUGGUUUAUAUUGAACCAAUUAAUUUAUAACUAUGAACGAUGAACACAUUGUUCUAACUUUACCCGAUACUCAGAGUACGGAUUCAGUAUGUUUAACCCAGUCUCAAGCAUUAUCACAAGAACAAACUAUGAUUGUGUGGGGGAGAUUAUGCCCAAUUCCUGUAGCUUUCAAAACAGUUGAAAUGAUCAGAGACGUCUAUACACUUGGUCGGUCAGAAAAAUGCGAUAUACCUAUAACUGAAAACGAAUUAAAACCAAAAUGGCUGAGUGUUAUAAGUAAAAUACACUUUAGGAUAACAAGGGAAUUUAUUAAUGAAAAUAAUAAGGAUACCGUAAUAUACUUGGAAGACUUGAGUCAAAAUGGAACAUUUGUUAACAAAAAGAAAGUGGGCAGAGGAAAGAAGGUCGUACUUGAAAGCAAUGAUAUUAUAUCUUUAGCACAAUCUCACGUUUCUGUAUAUGUAUUCAUGAGCACUAUUGCAUUCGAGUGCAACGAUUUACCUGUAGAACUGAGAAGCAAAUAUGCUGUGUCGCGUAAAUUAGGAUCUGGGGCAUGCGGGGAGGUAAAAUUGGUGUUUUCCAAGGUUGGUUGUAAAAAGUUUGCCAUGAAAACAAUCAUGAAAUUAGGCGACGGAACAAAUGGUCAGAGACAUCCUUUAAACGAUCCUGAGAAAAUUAUGAACGAAGUUAGAAUAUUAAAAGCUCUGAAACAUCCUUGCGUAGUUCGAUUGGAAGAAAUCGUGGAUAGUCCGAAAGCAGUAUAUAUAGUUCUAGAAUUAAUGGAGGGCGGUGAACUUUUUGAAAGAAUAAAGAGCAGAGGCAAAUUGUCGGAAAAGACUGCGAAAUUAAUUUUUUAUCAAGUUGUACUUGCCGUUAGUUAUCUUCAUGACUCUGGUAUAACUCAUAGGGAUUUAAAGCCAGAAAACAUAUUACUAGCUAGCGAUUCGGACGUUACAUUAGCUAAAGUAUCUGACUUUGGUUUGUCAAAAUUGGUUGACGCGCAAACCAUGAUGAAAACAUUCUGUGGAACUCCUAUGUAUGUUGCACCGGAAAUAUUAUUUAGUACUGGACGUGGUUCUUAUACGAAUCAAGUAGAUGUAUGGAGUCUAGGAGUAAUACUGUAUGCUUGUUUAAGUGGUUCUGUUCCCUUUAAUUGCCACGACAAAAAUUCUAGUUUGCAGGAUCAAAUAAUGAGAGGAUGUUACAGUUUUCCUGUUACAAAAUUUGGACACGUUUCAGAGAAAGCUAUAGAUUUGAUCAAGCGCAUGAUGACCACCAAUCCAAAAAAACGGAUUACUAUAAAGCAAGUUUUGUUACAUCCUUGGUUGCAGGAUCGCGAACUCCGGGAUACCAUGGACAUUUUAUUAUCAGUAGAUAACGAGGAAAAUAUAAUACCUUCAAAUAUUCCCAGCAAUUGCCAAUACAAGAAUGAAAAAUACCAACGUUUAAGAAAACGAGCGCGAUUGGAUACUUAAGUACAAAUAAUAUAUAUUAUAAGAAUUACCUACUUGAAAUUUCUUAUUUUCCAAUACUGUAUUUACAAGAUAAAAUAUUAGAAAUUUGUACUUUUGCACAAUCAUAGACUUUUUCAUAAUGUUGUUUUAGAAACAGUGAGAUUCAAUCUAUUUGUUAUGUAUUGAGAAAUAUAUUUAUGAUAUAACGUGAUUAAUUUCCAAAAUAAACAUAAGUUCACAGAUGUAUCGUAAAAAAUUAACGUAAUUCAUUAAGUUGGUAAAAAGUGAAAUUAAAAGUAAUUCCAUUUUUUAUUGAGUUACCUUGCUAGUACAAUCAUAGCGUCACUAAAAAUAACAUUAGUUACAAAAAUAUUUAACAAUGAAACUACAGUAUCCGAGAUGAUUACCAAAAUGUUGUUUAAGUUAUAAUAUUAAGAAAUUAUUUUUGUACUUUAUAUACUUCUGGUCAUUAAACAUUCGUCAACUAUUUUAUGUA